AUGACUGGAGGUACACUUUUGGUCACUGCUAUUGAGGGUAUGCACCAGAGGACGCGCUCUUUGAAAAUGGGACCACAGGAAUACUUAAAUGUUCUUUCAAAAUCAAAAGAAGUUGUCAGCAGUGGAGCUUCGGUUACUUGGUCGUUCACACCGGAAGGAGCUUCAGACAAAACAACUUCAUUCUUCUAUUAUAGCGGCGGCAAUUCAUACCCAGGAUCUCUUGCUCAGUUUCAAAAACGAGUAGUUUGGGCAGGGGACCUGAACAGAAACGAUGCAUCAAUCCAAGUUUCUCAGAUGCAGUUUAGUGACAAUGGCACAUACCAGUGUGAUGUGAAAAAUCCACCAGAUAUAGUGGGAUCAGCAUCGGGAAUAAAAGUUAGGGUUGGUAUGAAAGAAUUAGACUCAUGCAGUGAGUCUCUGUUGGAGAAAUUUAAAGAGGUGAGUCGGCCUGUUAUGCAUCAAUAG